AUGAAAUUCUCCGUCCUUGCAUUGACUCUGGGCCUCGUGUCUCUCACCUCGGCAAAGCGAAGCCUUCAACAUGUUGGCAAGAGAGACCCAGAAGUGAGGAGGAAUGUUGCCGUUCCUCGAGCUGCUCCUGCUGUCGCACAGCCAGAGAAGCGGGCUGAGCAUUCAUUCCUGACCGACAAGACAAAGAAAUUUGCCGUCAAUGGCACCGCGAUUCCAGAAGUCGACUUCGACGUUGGCGAAUCCUAUGCUGGCCUCUUGCCUAUCUCUAAUGCUACCAAUGCGUCUGAGCUGUACUUCUGGUUUUUCCCUACUACGAAUCCGGCCGCGAGCAAUGAGGUCCUCAUUUGGUUGAACGGAGGCCCAGGCUGCAGUUCACUCGAAGGCUUUCUUCAAGAAAACGGCCCAUUUUUGUGGCAGUAUGGAACCUUCAAGCCAGUGCAAAAUCAGUGGUCGUGGACGAAUUUGACGAAUGUCGUAUGGGUUGAACAACCUGUGGGCACCGGAUUCUCACAGGGCACGCCAACUGCGACCUCGGAUGAAGAUGUGGCGCAACAAUUCUUGGGCUUCUUCAAGAACUUCAUUGAUACAUUUGCCAUGCAAGGUUAUACCGUCUACAUCGCCGGAGAAUCCUACGCAGGAUAUUACGUUCCCUACAUUGCAGAUGCCAUGUUCAACGCCAACGAUACCGACUACUAUAACAUCAGCUCCAUAAUGAUUUAUGAUCCAAGCUUGAGUUAUAAUGUGGUGCAGGAACAAAUCCCCGCCGCUGCAUUUGUCAACUUCUGGGGUACAUUGUUGGGACUCAACGACAGUUAUGUGGCAGACCUGAAUGCUCAGUCAGACGCAUGUGGUUACACAGCUUUCAUGGAAGAAGCCCUGGUGUACCCACCGAAAGGUCCUCUCCCGACUCCUCCAAAUGUGGACUUGUCGAACGACACCUGUGAUACAUUCGACGAGGUCUUCAGCGCCAUCUCAUUGGUCAAUCCGUGCUUCGACAUUUACCAGGUGGCAACGACAUGCCCGUUGCUGUGGGAUGUUUUGGGAUUCCCGGGUUCCUUCGACUAUGUCCCUGACGGUGCUUUUAUCUAUUUCAACCGGACCGAUGUACAAAAAGCCAUCAAUGCACCAGUUCAAGAGUGGUUCGAAUGUACCAGUGUCGAUGUUUUCCUCAAUGGCACCGAUAACUCUGAACCCUCGGCACUCAGCGUCCUACCGGGAGUGAUUGAGAAAGCUGACCGCGUGAUCAUCGGACACGGCCUUCUAGAUAUGGUCCUGAUAUGGAACGGCACCUUGAUCGCAACACAGAAUAUGACCUGGAAUGGUGCCCAGGGAUUUUCCACCCCACCAUCUCAGUGGGAUGACUUCUACGUCCCCUACCAUACCGCCUAUGAGAAUCAACUCGGUUCGCUUGCAGGUGCUGGCGUCAUGGGUCAAUAUCACACUGAACGAGGCCUUACCCUGGUUACAAUCGACCUGUCUGGCCAUAUGGUCCCUCAAUACGCCCCCUCUGCGGCGUACCGACAAUUGGAGUUCCUCCUCGGACGAGUACCGACUUUGGGGACCGUGAGCCCAUUCACGACAAUGCCUGAUGAGAGUUAUUGA